CUGCGGUUGUGAUUGGCCGAGGUCGCGGGCGUGCAGCCGGUCCCCGCCCACUCGCUGACAGAGGACAGGUCGGACAGACAUGGCGGCGCUGAGGUGUUUUCUUCGCUCCGGGAAGGGAGCCGUGUCCGUGCUGCUGCGGCGGGAGCUCCACGCCACCGCGCCGGCCUCGGCUCAGGUGAUGGUGCGUGAUGCUCUGAACCAGGCCAUGGACGAGGAGCUGGAGCGGGACGAGCGGGUCUUCCUGCUGGGGGAGGAGGUGGCCCAGUACGACGGAGCUUACAAGGUGAGCAGAGGUCUAUGGAAGAAGUACGGUGACAAGCGCAUCAUCGACACUCCGAUCACAGAGAUGGGAUUUGCCGGCAUCGCAGUGGGAGCUGCCAUGGCCGGCCUCAGGCCCAUCUGUGAGUUCAUGACCUUUAACUUCUCCAUGCAAGCCAUCGACCAGGUCAUCAACUCUGCAGCCAAGACCUACUACAUGUCUGCCGGCCUGCAGCCCGUGCCCAUCGUGUUCCGGGGCCCCAACGGGGCGUCGGCCGGCGUCGCCGCGCAGCACUCGCAGUGCUUCGCCGCCUGGUACGGUCACUGUCCUGGGCUGAAGGUCAUCAGCCCCUGGAGCGCAGAGGACUGUAAAGGCCUGCUGAAGUCCGCCAUCAGAGACGACAACCCAGUGGUGUUCCUGGAGAACGAGCUGAUGUACGGCGUUCCCUUCGAGAUGUCAGAGGAAGCUCAGUCCAAAGAUUUCACCAUCCCCAUCGGCAAGGCCAAGAUCGAGAGACCAGGAAGUCACAUCACUCUGGUGUCUCACUCCCGCUUCGUCGGUCACUGCCUGGACGCCGCCGCCGUCCUCGCCAAGGAGGGGAUCGAGUGUGAGGUGAUUAAUCUGCGCACCAUCCGCCCGCUGGACGUGGAGUGCAUCGAGGGCAGCGUCAUGAAGACCAACCACCUGGUGACGGUGGAGGGCGGCUGGCCUCAGUUCGGCGUUGGAGCCGAGAUCUGCGCCAGGAUCAUGGAGGGUCCGGCCUUUAACUACCUGGACGCCCCGGCGGUGCGCGUGACGGGCGUCGACAUCCCCAUGCCCUACGCCAAGAUCCUGGAGGACAACAGCAUCCCGCAGAUCAAAGACAUUAUCUUCUCUGUGAAAAAGACCCUCAACGUCUGAGAGGACACACACACACUCACACACUCACACACACACACACACACACACACUCACACACACACUCUCUCUCUCACACUCUCACACACACACUCUCACACACACACACACUCUCUCUAUGGGUUCAACUAUAAUCUUUAAUUAAAACUAAAUCAGAAACCUUUAAACGCACAUCUGAUGUUUCCACGUGUCCAAGAACAAAACCAGAUGUUUACACCGCCACGAGGUGUGUGUCUGUGCGUGUGUGUGUGAGUGUGUGUGUGAGAGUGUAAGAGUCAUGUGAUCUGCCUCUGGCUGUGUAAACACACUGAUGCUGGUUUGUCUGGUCCACUCACUGGACUCUGGAAACAUCCUCUUUUCUGACGUUUCUGAUUUCCCGACCGUCUGUAAACACAACCCAACACUUUUUUUUCCAGCUUGUAGACUUUUAUUUUGAAAACCGAACGGCAAACAGCUGCUGGACGGAUUCUGUUGAGUCUCUCCUCUCUUAAAAAUAUCUAACCAACUUUAUUACCUAGCAACCAGUCGCGUGGAGCCAACAUGGCCGCCACUGCUGUGUUACACUGUGUGUUGUGUUCAGGGGUAGGAAGAGGAUCGGGGACACGUGAAGAUAAAAUAAUAAUCUCAGAAUUCCUAAAUUAAUCUCACGCUGAAAUGUUCACGUGGCCCUCGUCUCUUUGUCCCAUAGUUCACUCAUUCCUGAUGGAAACAGCUUCCCUCACUUCCUGUGCUCGUUCUGCCGCCUCUACCUGUAAGCAUCUUCCUGGUCACAUGGUUUAAGGCACACACCUGCGCUGAGCCAGGUUCAGCCUCAGGUGUGUCCGGCCGACGUGCUGAGCUCUGGAAGGCUGAGUUAAACAGAGAGAGAAUACUGUAGCUGCGUCACUCCUACAUGAGUAUAUGUGUUGCUGUAAAUGAAUCUGUUACAGAAAUAAAGACCUUUCCAACCCUGA